CCGCAGUCAGCCUAGGUUGGAGGAGUGCAUAGUCGUACUUUCAACUGUAGACCUCUUCAAAGCACAACCAUGAGACACACACUGCUGAGCAUAAUCAUGGGCAUGAUAGCCCUUUCCAACAAUCCAGUGUCCUCCCAGCGUGAAGUGUUCCGGUUAUUCGAAAACUGUCGAUGGGGAAAGCCAAAUUUCGAUCCCUGCAUCAAAAAGGCAUUCAACGCAGUGAGACCUUGGUUCAAAACUGGUCUUCCGCAGUACAACGUUGCUCCAUUUGAUCCACACAAGGCCGCCGUCGUGAAUCAGUAUCGCGGUGACCGGGACGGCCUAGCCGGUUACCAUCUGCAACUGCUGAACGUUUCCGAGUACGGGUGGAGCGAUUCGGAGGUGACCAAGUACAAAACGGACUACAAAAACAACCGUAUCGUCUACUCGCAGUACUUCCCGGAAAAAUCCCUCGAUGGAGCGUACAGCUUCAUGUCGAAAAUGUUCGGUCAGCCCCGGCACGUCAAGGGCGUGUGGAAUUUGACGCUAUUCGAUUACAGUCAAACGACGACCGUCACCAGAGUUGGCGAACAGGGUGGACUACUGAAGGUGCGAGUGGAGAUCGAUCGGAUAGGGGACAUGAAGCUGCACAUUUCCGACCUGUUCCAUGGAGCCAAGAUAAUAGAAUCCAUCGCUGACUUCGUCAUCAACGCCAUGUGGCAGCCUAGUUUCCCCUUCAUCAAACCCCUGAUCAACGAUCUAGUCAGCAUUGCGUUCACGGACAUCUUCAACGAAUCCUUCCGAUACUUCCCACUGCACGAGGUGAUACACUAGCUGGC